AUGCAGGCCGUGGAAGAGCGAGGAAGGAAAGUUUUGUCUCAUGAGGUCGACGAACUUUUAGCAAAACAUAGGCUUGAACUCUUCCGAUGUUUGGAACUAGAGGUUCUUCCCGUGCUUCCUUCGAUGCCGGCUCACCAUGUUCAGGUCAACCCUUUGCCGACCCCGCCGACUCUAGCAAGAGUGUCACAGGCUGAUGGAGAAGUCAAGCAUGCACAGACGUUGUCAGUGCUUCCGAUUGGCUCCCCUUUGACUGGUCCGCGAGUGGAGCUGGAAAUUCAAAGUUCCAGCUGA